AACCAAACAGUUGGACGGAUCGUUUACGGUAAUUAAGUCCAUUUUGCUGCGUUCGUUGCGGAGAAGGGUAAGGCUCAUCUUCUCGUGUUCGAUUCGAUCGCUGAGACUGAGAACGCCGGAAGGGGAUCGCCAAUCUCACUCUCCAGAUGGAUUCGAUUCAGCCUCCAGUGGAGAAUUAUGCCAACCCUAGGACGUGCCUUUUCCAUGUUCUUUUCAAGGGUGCAGCGCUGGCUUUCUACAUCCUGUCGGCGCUCUUCAUUGACAGUUUUGUCAUCAUUUUUGUGGUAACUGUUUUUCUUGCGGCUCUAGAUUUCUGGGUCGUCAAGAAUGUCAGUGGGAGGAUUUUGGUCGGGCUGAGGUGGUGGAAUGAGAUCAAUGAGGAUGGAGAAAGCAUUUGGAAGUUCGAGUGCUUGGAUCAGGAGUCUCUUGCACGUAUGAAUAAGAAGGAUUCUUGGCUCUUUUGGUGGACCCUUUAUCUCACAGCUGUUGCGUGGCUUUUUCUAGCAAUAUUCUCACUUCUAAGAUUUCAAGCAGAUUAUCUCCUUGUAGUAGGAGUUUGUUUGACCCUCAGCAUCGCAAAUAUUGUUGGUUUCACUAAAUGCCGUAAAGAUGCCAAGAAGCAGAUUCAACAAUUUGCAACUCAGACGAUUGCAUCCCGCUUCACUUCAUCAUUACAAACAGCAUUUAGUGUCGUCUAAAACAACAUUAAGGUAGAUACGGCUAUGUCAGAGUAGCAUGUUUUUUUUUCUCAGGAAGAAUUUCAUUCUUCCAAAGUUUUUCCAUUAAGCCGUGUAUGAUCUGUUUGGACCGUAGUUUCUUCCGCUUAUAAAGUUUAUUGUGGUUCAUUUUGAGAUUA